CAUAGGAGUAUAUGACCAUGCUGGCUCAAAAUCUUUUUAAUUUAUUCUCCUUUCUUCAAUUCCUUCUUCUUUAUUAACGUUUUCCUCGUCCUCCCUAUCUCUCACUUUACUUCAAACCCAAAACACAUACACAAUUUUCAUGCAGAAAUGACGACAAUCACCAUUCCCAAACUACCCCUCCUCCUCAAACCCUUCUUCCUUUCUCUCUUCUUCUCCCUCUUUUUUCUCCUCUUCUUAGCCUUUUCCCAGACUCCCCAUCACCGGAAAACCACCCUUCCAUUAACUCCAACACCACCCUCCAAAAGCUCCUCCCACGACCUCCGUAUCCGACCCGGUUACUCAUCCUACGAUACGUACAUCCAACGUCAGUUAAACAAAACCCUCAACCCCAAACUCCGAAAGAUUUGGACCACCCGUGACUGGGACCGCAAAGUCCGUGUCUUCGCCAAUUUCUUCCAAAGCCUAAAGCAAAGAAACCUCCUUUCCAAUGAUUCUAAAGCAUUGUCCAUCGGCGCACGCGUCGGCCAAGAAGUGGCGGCGCUUAAGGCGGUGGGCGUAUCCGACGCGGUGGGGAUAGACUUGGUGCCGUAUCCGCCGCUUGUUGUUAAAGGAGACUUUCAUGCGCAGCCGUUUGAGAACGGGACGUUUGACUUUGAGUUCUCGAAUGUGUUUGACCACGCCCUGUAUCCGUGGAAGUUUGUUGGGGAGAUCGAACGGACCUUGAAGGCCGGCGGGAUUUGUGUUCUGCACGUGGCGAUAUCACGGCGAGCCGAUAAGUAUUCAGCGAAUGAUUUGUACAGUUUAAAGCCAUUGGUUGAAUUGUUUAAGAUGUCUGAGUUGGUUGAUGUUAGGAAGGAUGUUGAUGGCUUUGGCCUUGACACUGAGGUAGUUUUUAGAAAAAAACACAACAAUUAACCAUAUUUUGUUACAAUUAUUAUUCUUUAUUUAAUCAAAACA